GCGCUCACAUGGUGUACGGUUGUGAAAUUGGAGCGGCAGAAAGCCACACGUGCCGCUGUGUCCCUGGAAGAGAGUUCACCCCCAGUUUGAAAACAGAAAAUUACUUUUUAAAAACUUGCUUGUGUUCGGCCAAAUUCGGCCCGUUUUCGGAUCGGUCUGUGUUAGCUCAACUUCGGCCCGGGUUCGGCCCAGGUUCGGGCUGUGUUCGGCCCAGGUUCGGCCCGUGUUUGGCCCAGGUUCGGGCUGUGUUCGGCCCGUGUUCGGCCCGUGUUCGGGCUGCUCUCCGGAGUGAACUCCAGUAACCCCGCCUCCGCAGCUUUUUUUUCAUCCCUUUUUUUUCAUCCAACGGAUGGCUCCAUCACUGGCUGGAUCCGGCCGCGCUGCCUCUGCUCUCAUUGGACUGUGCUGUCAAGCGGCUGUCAGCCCAUGUGGCGUGGCCUGCUAGAAGGCGAGACAUUUAAAUUCAUCAGGAAAAAAUCCUGAAACAAGCCCAGACACCGAGCUCUCAGACGGGACCGAGCAGCAGCAGCUCGGAGGGAAACAGCCGGAGCCUUUCAGACCGCACAGUGAGUUAGAAUGGAUGACAUAGUCAUAUGUGGGAUAUCGGGCCGUUUGCCAGAGUCCAACAGCCUGGAGGAAUUCUGGGAAAACCUCAUCAACGGCGUGGACAUGGUGACGGAGGACGACCGGCGCUGGACUCCAGGAAAAUAUGGUCUCCCAAAGAGGAAUGGGAAGCUGAAAGACAUCAGACAUUUUGAUGCUGGCUUCUUUGGAGUCCACCCCAAACAGGCCAACACCAUGGACCCUCAGCUCCGCCUCAUGCUGGAAAUCACCUAUGAAGCUAUUGUGGACGGAGGACUGAAUCCGACCACACUGCGAGGCAGUAGAACGGGGGUCUACAUUGGGGUGAGUGGCUCAGAGGCUGGAGAGGCUUUCAGCAGAGAUCCAGAGGAGCUGUUGGGCUACAGCAUGACUGGCUGCCAGCGAGCCAUGUUGGCCAACAGACUGUCCUACUUCUUUGACUUCAAAGGCCCCAGCACUGCCAUUGACACAGCCUGCUCCUCCAGCUUGUUGGCUUUAGAAAAUGCCUUCCACGCCAUUCGUCAAGGAAACUGUGACGCUGCUGUGGUGGGAGGGGUCAACCUGCUGCUCAAGCCCAACACCUCAGUGCAGUUCAUGAAACUGGGCAUGCUCAGUCCUGAGGGGACCUGCAAGUCCUUUGAUGCAUCAGGAAAUGGAUACUGCCGUUCUGAAGCAGCUGUAGCAGUGCUGCUCUCCAAAAGGUCGGAGGCUAAGAGGGUUUAUGCAACCGUGAUCGGUGCAGGCAACAAUACGGACGGAUACAAAGAGCAAGGUGUAACAUUUCCCUCAGGAGAGAUGCAGCAGAGGCUAGUUCAAUCUCUGUAUCAAAAUGCAAAUAUAAGCCCGGAUCAGGUGGAGUACAUUGAAGCGCAUGGUACUGGAACCAAGGUUGGGGACCCACAAGAGGUGAAUGGCAUAGUUGGUGUGUUUUGUCAGUCAAAACGAGAGCCCUUGUUGAUGGGAUCCACCAAGUCCAACAUGGGCCACCCAGAACCAGCCUCUGGGCUCGCUGCCCUGGCAAAGGUGUUACUUUCUAUGGAACGAGGAGUCUGGGCUCCCAAUCUGCACUUCAGCACUCCUAAUCCUGACAUUCCCGCCCUGACUGAUGGCCGCAUUCAAGUCGUUGACAGGCCCAUCCCUGUCCGAGGAGGCAUCGUGGGGAUCAACUCGUUUGGCUUUGGAGGUUCCAAUGUUCAUGUCAUCCUGCGUCCUGCUGAGGACCGAAAAGGCUCCAAUGUGCCCAUGAAGGUCCCAAGAGUGCUUCAAGCCUGUGGCCGCACAGAGGAUGCGGUGACUGUCAUCCUCCACAAGGGGAAAGAGCACAGCGCGGACAGCGGCUUCCUGUCCCUGCUGAACUCGGUGUCUAGCGCUCCCCCUGCCAGCAUGCCCUACAGGGGCUAUGCUGUGCUGGGCUCCCAGAGUGAGGCCAUGGAGGUGCAGCAGGUCCCGGCUGCCAGCAGGCCGCUGUGGUACAUCUGCUCAGGCAUGGGAACGCAGUGGGGGGGUAUGGGCCGGACUCUCAUGCAGCUGCCAGACUUCAGAGAGUCCAUGUUGCGGUCGGAUGCAGCUCUGAAGGACACGGGUCUCCAGGUGUCACGCCUGCUCAUGGAGGCUGAUGAGUCCACGUUUGAGGACACCGUGCAUGCCUUUGUCGGCCUGGCAGCCAUACAGAUAGCUCUCAUUGACUUGCUCACGAAGCUGGGCCUGCAGCCUGAUGGCAUCGUGGGGCACUCGGUGGGAGAGCUGGCCUGUGGAUAUGCCGAUGGCUCCCUCAGCCACAGUGAGGCCAUCCUGGCUGCCUACUGGAGAGGGCAUUGCAUUAAAGAGGCCAAGCUUCCUCCUGGGGGCAUGGCUGCCGUUGGGUUGACCUGGAAAGAGUGUAUUGCUCAGUGUCCCCAAGGAGUGGUCCCAGCCUGCCACAACGCUGAGGACACUGUGACUGUCUCUGGUCCUCAGGAAGCCAUCAGUGCGUUUGUGCUGAAGCUGAAAGAACAGGGAGUGUUUGCAAAGGAGGUGCGCAGCGCCGGAGUGGCUUUUCACUCCUACUACAUGGCUUCCAUUGGUCCAACCCUGCUGACGGCUCUGAAGAAGGUGAUAAAGGAGCCCCGGCUGCGCUCGCCCCGCUGGGUGAGCACCAGCAUCCCCCAGUCUGAGUGGGGCGCUCCUCUGGCCCUUUACAGCUCUGCAGACUACCACGUGAACAACCUGCUGAGCCCCGUGCUGUUCCAGGAAGCCCUCAGCCUGGUGCCUGAAAACGCGGUGGUGGUGGAGAUCGCGCCUCACGCUCUGCUGCAGGCCAUCCUGAAAAGAAGCCUGAAGCACACAUGUUCAAUCCUCCCUUUGAUGAAGAGAGGCCACACCAACAACCUGGAGUUCUUCCUCUCAAACAUUGGGAAAAUGUACAUGAAUGGCAUCACCUUGGACUGUAACAGCCUCUGCCCAGCAGUGAGCUACCCUGUGUCAGCUGGAACCCCAAUGAUCUCCCCCUUAGUGCUGUGGGACCAUUCCCAAACCUGGGACAUUCCCAAAGCCGAAGACUUUUGCCACGGCUCAGGAGGAUCCAGUUCUGCUACUGUCUAUAACAUUGAGACGAAUCCAGAGUCCGCAGACCACUACCUGAUGGGGCACUGCAUAGAUGGGCGUGUUCUCUACCCAGCAACGGGCUACCUGAUGCUGGCCUGGCGCACCUUGGUCAGAAGCCGUGGGCUUGUGAUGGAUGCAACUCCUAUUACCUUUGAAGAUGUGACUAUACAUAGGGCUACCAUUCUUCCAAAGAAUGGAUCGGUUCAGUUGGAGGUCAAUCUAAUGCCAGCAACCAAUAGGUUUGAAGUUUCAGAGAAUGGGAACUUGACUGUCAGUGGUAAGAUGAGCCUUUUAGAGGACGCAGCCCUUGAUUCCUUUCAUAAGCAGAUAAGCCAAAAAUCUGCGGGUGACAGUGACUCCAGCAUGCCGCUGAAGGCAGCUGAAGUCUACAAAGAGCUGCGGCUGCGUGGUUACGACUAUGGGAAGACCUUCCAAGGCAUUCUGGAGUGCAGUAAUGGAGGAGACCGUGGGAAGCUGCAUUGGACUGGAAACUGGGUGACCUUUUUGGACACAAUGCUCCAGAUGCUAGUGAUUGGACUGCCAGGUCGUAGUCUGCGUUUGCCAACCAGAAUCCGCCUAGUGAGCAUAGAUCCAGCAGCUCAUCUUCAAAAUGUUAGCGGACACAGUGAUGGAGUGCAAGCUGUACCUGUCUCUGUCAACCGGUGCCUUGACAACAUUGUUGCUGGUGGAGUUCAAAUCUGUGGUCUGCAUGCCACUGUGGCUCCCCGAAGGCAGCAGCAGCAGACCUCCCCGACUCUAGAGAAGUUUGUGUUUGUACCCUUUAUGGACACUGAAUGUCUUUCAACCAACCGGAAGCUGUCGGAGCAGCUGAGACUCUGCAAAGAUUUAAUCGGCAGACUGCAGCUGAAGCUGGCUCCUCACGGUGUGCAGCUCUCCAUCCCGGGAGUACAGAGGAAGGAGGAGGAUCCUCUUCCCAGCCCGGAGACGUCUGAGCCCAGCCUGGUGCGUCUGCUGACGCUGCUCUGUGGCUUGGAGCUGAAUGGAAACCUUCACUCUGAGCUGCAGCAGGUUGUAGAGAGGGAGCAGUCCUGUCUGCUGAAAGACGGUCUGCUGCACGGGCUGCUGGAGGAUCCGGCCCUCAGACACUGUCUGGACCUCACCACCGAAAACUGCCCGCCUGGCAAGAUCAGAGUCUUGGAGGCUCUUUCCAGUGAUGGGCAGCUCUUUUCUCGUGUGGUCCCCCUCCUCAACAUCCAGCCCAUGAUGCAUGUGGACUAUACGGCCUCAGCGUCCAGCCUAGAUCUCCUGGCGCCUCACGAGGCUGCCCUGCAGGAGCUGUCGGUGGCGUCCUGUCAGUGGGAUCCUCGGGUCCACCCGGCCUCAGCAGGCCUGGCCCCGGCAGACCUGGUUGUGUGUAACCAUGCGUGGGGUCCUCUCAGAGCAGAGCCGGGGCUGCUGAUGACAAACUUAGCAUCUGCCGCCAAACCACAGGGGUUUGUCCUGCUCCACACUUUGCUGAGGGGGGAGACUCUGGGGGAGACCGUUGCCUUCCUCAGCAGCCCUGCUCAGAGCAGCAGCCGGGGCAGGCUGCUCACACAGGCUGAGUGGGAGAAAGUCUUCUGUGAGGCCUCGCUGACUCUGGUGGCUGUCAGGAAAUCUUUUUGUGGCUCUGCCCUCUUUCUCUGUCGCCGACAGUCUCUGGUCAAACAGCCACUCUAUUUAUCAGUGGACAACACUGAUUGGAAGUGGGUGGACACUCUCAAGGUGACCAUGGCCGAGUCUUCAGACCGUCCCGUGUGGCUGACCGCCUCCCAGCCGUCCUCUGGCAUCGUGGGAAUGGUCAACUGUCUCCGGCAGGAGACCGGGGGCGACCGGAUACGCUGCAUGUUUGUGUCCAAUCUGAAUGAGACGUCUGAGGCCCCGAGCCUGCAGCCGGGCCAUGGCUCCAUCCAGGCGGUGCUGGAGGGCGACCUGGUCAUGAAUGUCUUCAGGGACGGGCGGUGGGGCGCCUUCAGACACCAGCUCAUCUCUCAUGACCUGAAGGAGGAGAUGACGGAGGCUGCAUAUGUCAAUGUGUUGACUCGAGGUGACCUGGCCUCUCUGCGCUGGAUUGCUUCUCCACUCCGCCACUUUGCUGACAGCAGCCCCAGCCUGCAGUUGUGUCAGGUCUACUACAGCUCCCUCAACUUCAGAGACAUCAUGCUGGCCACUGGCAAACUGCCCCCAGAUGCUAUUCCAGGUGACCAAGCCCUGCAGCACUGCUUGCUGGGGAUGGAGUUCUCCGGUCGGGACCCCUCCGGCGUGCGUGUGAUGGGGCUCCUGCCAGCUAAAGGUCUGGCCACUGUGGUGGAUGCUGACAGGCGCUUCCUCUGGAAAGUCCCCCCCAGCUGGACACUGGAACAAGCGGCCUCUGUGCCCGUGGUGUACGCCACCGCCUACUACUCUCUGGUGGUCCGAGGCAGACUCUCCCCUGGGGAAACGCUGCUGAUCCACUCUGGCUCUGGGGGAGUUGGACAGGCUGCUAUUGCCAUAGCUCUCAGCAAGAAGUGCAGAGUGUUCACCACAGUUGGCUCAGCAGAGAAGCGGGCCUAUCUGCAGGAGCGGUUCCCCCAGCUGUCAGAGGACUCUUUUGCUAAUUCCAGGGACACUUCUUUUGAGCAGCAUGUGCUCCUGCAUACACAAGGCAAAGGUGUGGAUCUGGUGCUGAACUCUCUGGCUGAGGAGAAGCUGCAGGCUAGCAUCCGCUGCCUUGCUAGACAUGGACGAUUCCUGGAGAUUGGAAAAUAUGAUCUCUCCAACAACUCUCCACUUGGCAUGGCUUUGUUCCUGAAGAACGUGGCCUUCCAUGGUAUCCUGCUGGACGCACUCUUUGAAGAAGGCAACAAGGAAUGGGAAGAGGUCUCUCAGCUGCUGCAGGAGGGCAUUCUGGGAGGUGUAGUUCAGCCUCUAAAGACCACAGUGUUUCAAAGGGACAGCGUGGAGGAAGCGUUCAGAUUCAUGGCACAGGGCAGGCACAUCGGCAAAGUCCUCCUGCAGGUCCGUGAAGACGAAAUGGGCGUGGCUGUUCAGCCUGCUUCCCCCUUGUGUCUCUCAGCCAUCUGCCGUACAUUCUGCGUGGCCUCUCACUCCUACGUUAUCACUGGUGGACUGGGAGGCUUCGGUCUGGAGCUUGCUCAGUGGCUGAUGGAAAGAGGAGCUCGCAGACUCGUGCUGACGUCUAGAUCUGGCAUCAGGAAUGGUUAUCAGGCAAAGCGAGUGCGUGAGUGGCAGAAUCAAGGUGUAACGGUGUUGGUGUCAAAGAAGGACGUCGGCACACUGAAAGGAACACAGCAGCUGAUGGCUGAGGCCAGUACGCUGGGUCCAGUAGGAGGUGUCUUCCAUCUGGCCAUGGUGUUGAAAGAUGGCAUGUUGGAGAAUUUGACGCCAGACCUGUUCUCUGAUGUUUGCAAACCUAAAUAUCAUGGCACCAUAAAUCUGGACAAAGUGACAAGAAAGAUGUGUCCAGAGCUCAGUUACUUUGUGGCCUUUUCCUCAGUCAGCUGUGGCCGAGGAAACGCUGGCCAAAGUAACUAUGGUUAUGCCAACUCAGCAAUGGAGCGUGUGUGUGAAAAGCGUCGCUACGACGGCCUUCCUGGAUUAGCCAUCCAGUGGGGAGCCAUUGGUGAUGUGGGUGUGGUCCAGGAAACUAUGGGUGGUAAUGACACGGUCAUUGGAGGGACCUUGCCCCAGCGCAUUGCCUCCUGCCUCGAGGUGCUGGACUCCUUCCUGUGCCAGCCACACCCCGUGAUGUCCAGCUUUGUCCUGGCAGAGCAGACGGUAGUGAAAACCGAAACUGGAAAUCACAGAGAUUUGGUGGACGCUGUAGCUCACAUUUUGGGUGUGCGUGAUGUCACCAGCCUGAAUGCUGACGCCUCAUUGGCUGACUUAGGCCUAGACUCUUUAAUGGGUGUGGAGGUUCGUCAGACUCUAGAGCGGGACUAUGACAUCGUCAUGCCCAUGAGAGAGAUCCGCCUGCUCACCAUUAACAAGUUGCAGGAACUGGCCAAGACCAAGCCUGAAGGAUCAGAAUGUCAUCAUGCAACAGACAACAAGGACAUCCGCUCCGUGCUGGAAACUGAUGUGACACAGUUGCUGGUCAACCCCAGUGGUCCAACUGUGGCCCCCCUCAACGAGAUUCAGAGUCAGGAGCGACCUCUGUUCUUGAUCCAUCCCAUUGAAGGCUCCAUUGGUGCCUUUAAGACGCUGGCCUCCAAGCUUAGUGUGCCUUGCUACGGCUUACAGUGUACCAAAGCUGCUCCUCUUGACAGCAUCCAGUCCCUGGCAGCCUACUACAUUAGCUGUGUAAGACAGCUUCAGCCAGAUGGACCUUAUAGGAUCGCUGGUUAUUCUUUUGGGGCUUGUGUGGCCUUUGAGAUGUGCAUUCAGCUGCAGACCCUGAAUCAGCCCGUGGAGUACCUCUAUCUGUUUGAUGGCUCACACUCCUAUGUAGCAGCAUAUACUCAGAGCUACAGGUCCAAACUGACUCCAGGCAAAGAGUCGGAGGCUGAAACCGAAGCCCUGUGCGCCUUCAUCCAGCAGUUUACUGGCAUCGAAUACAACAAGCUGCUGGAAACUCUCCUCCCUCUCUCAGACCUGGAGGCUCGUGUCAGUGUGGCUGUGGAGCUCAUCACCUCAAGCAACAAGAACAUCAGCCAGGACUUGCUGAACUUCGCAGCCUCCACAUUCUACCACAAGCUGAAGGCUGCAGAUGGCUAUGUGCCUGCACUAAAAUACCACGGAAAUGUGGUGCUAAUGCGUGCCAAAACCAGCAGUGAGUACGAACAGAGCCUGGGACCCGACUACAAGCUCAGUGAGGUUUGUGAUGGCCAAGUGUCAAUUCACAUCAUUGAAGGAGACCAUCGCUCGCUUCUUGAAGGAGAAGGAGUGGAGAGCAUCAGCAGCAUCAUCCACAACUCAUUGACUGAGCCCAGGGUCCCACCCAAGGAGGGCUGAAGAAGUCCAUUCUUAACACACAUUUCAUAACAAUCCCAAGAUGACUGGAAUUCAUUCACUAAAGUCAGGAUGUUUAGAUUUAACCUAGUGUGUGAUACAAUAAGUCUUGGGACAAAGCAAAUCCUAAUUCCCAAAUAUACGCAGCUUUUUAAAGCUAGUUAUUAGCUAGUUAUUAAAGAAAUAGGCAACCCCACCUUAGUAGAGCACCUUCACUGUCCUAUUGAAUAAAUGAAACCUGUUCUGAGAUUGUGCAAAUGUUUUUUAAGUUCUGUGUCAUUAUGCUGGCCAUGUUUUGUUUUUUAUUUCUGUAGUGGGAAUGCAGAUUUAAAUCACUCAUCUCUAUCUGCUGUAUGUGCACAAAUACACAGAAAAAAACACGGAAGGGAUUUUCAUUUUGAUGCAAAACCAAACCUUUUUGAGGUGGUGUAAAUGUACAUAGUCCCCUGCCUCACUGUGGAGAAGAAAUGCAUCAGACAAAUGAAUGCAGUGUAGAGUUUGGACUCAUACAUUCCCAGUGAUACAAGUCCGAGCACCGUGUUUGGUUUGACUUGUUAUUAGUUAGUUUCAGCAUGAGAAGCAGUUUGCUGUGGUCAGUGACUGUUAGAGCUCUGAUGUGUGAUUGGUUGUCCUAUGACCUCAUGUGCUCACGUCCCCCCUGCCUGUCCUCUGAGACCUCUAGUCAGGUCAGUGAAGGGUCAGGCAACUGCAGUGACAAGGAAGUAUUGGUCUCUAUUUCUCUUACCUUGUAAUGUUUUAUUCUGUGACUAAUAAAAGACUUGUGUCACAUUAAGACUACAAUUUUAAAAAUGUUCUUUCUUUUGUUUUCAGCAUCCUUAUCGUUUACAAGUAUAAUAAACCAAUAUUUCAUUAAAC